GGAAGAUGGUUUUGGGAAGAAGAUAAUGAGCCAAAUUACUCUUCUCUCUGAACUAACGACAAGGAGGAGGUUCUUUCUGCUGCCGCCAAAUUAAUCAUUUCCCUUCAAGUCAGUUUACCUAUAAAUACCAAGAUAAAUCCUACAUUUAUUUCUUUUAUAAAGAAAAAAAAAAUCUUGCGCUGGCGACUGUUGCUGCUUGGAGCCAUCGACCACUGGAAGUGAACGUAGCGUGGGACUCCACCUUUCCACUAGAGGAGGUUAACUCUUACGAGUGGAUAUUGAGACGCAGAUUCGAAUUAAAUAUGGUGAAUGUUGGCGGGUACAAUGACACCCAGAUAGUUGCAAGUAGCUGAGAGAAGUCCAAUUGGAGAAAGUAGGCAGCAUGGGGGAGAGUUCAGGCUCGGGAUUCAAGGAAUAUGUGGCCGGUUUGCUCGCUGGGGUUGCGACGGUGGCUACGGGCCAUCCCUUUGACACAGUGAAGGUGAAGCUGCAAAAACACAAUACUGAAGCACAUGGGAUUCAAUAUAGGAGUGGUUUGCAUUGCACUGCUAGGAUACUGAAGACUGAGGGAAUUAGAGGUCUUUAUAGUGGAGCAACAUCAUCUUUUAUUGGGAUGGCUUUUGAAAGUUCACUGCUUUUUGGCAUUUAUUCCCAGACAAAACUAGCCCUACAGGGUGGUCUGCCAAGCAGUGUACCACAGCCUCAUGUAAUAAUACCAUCUGCAGCUUAUGGCGGUGCCAUAAUCAGCUUCGUGUUGUGUCCAUCAGAGCUGGUGAAGUGCAGGAUGCAAAUCCAAGGCACUGACUCUUUGGUUCCUACGUCCAGCAGAUACAAGAGUCCUCUUGAUUGUGCCCUAAGAACUGUAAAAACUGAAGGGGUGGCUGGAAUCUUUCGCGGUGGUUAUACAACAUUGCUUAGAGAAUCUAUCGGAAAUUCUGUGUUUUUCAGUGUUUAUGAAUAUGUGCGUUAUCACAUGCAUUCACACGUCAAAGUUGCCUUGUCCAAUUACAGUAACUUGAUUGACAUGGGAAUUGGGAUCGUUUCUGGUGGCCUCAGUGGUGUAGCUUUUUGGUUGGCUGUUUUGCCCCUGGACGUGGCAAAAACCAUUAUUCAGACUAAUCCCGACAGAAACUGUCCAAGGAAUCCUUUUCCAGUCUUGAGUAAUAUUUACAGGAGGGCUGGAUUAAAGGGGCUUUACACGGGCUUGGGUCCCACGGUUGCUCGAGCAUUUCCUGCUAAUGCAGCGGCAAUUGUCACCUGGGAGCUAGCAAUGAAAAUGUUAGGUAUUAAGCAUGACUAAGAGUCCCUCUCUGACAUUUUUUUCAGAGGCUAGAGAAAUAGAAUGGUUUUGCAUCUAACAUGAGGAUUAGCGAGCUUCUUGGAGAAAGAAAUUGGAAGGGGCCGUGCUUGCAAACCAACACCCCCAAUUAUUUUUUAAAAAUAAAUUCUGUAUCAUUUUUCCCCAUUCAUACGAAUGGAAAAUAUUAUCAUUAGAGUGUCAUUCUUAUGUCAGUUCACAGCACGCUAAUUGUUUCCGCAUUCAUGUUGAAUACUGAGAAAGAAAGCAGAAAAUUCCAACUAGACUAAAGCUUACUUUCUGAGACAAUUAGAGUACUGAUAAUUGAUGCAUCCAUUUACGACUC